AUGGACAACCUGCUGAGCAGCUGCGACUUCACUGGGACGUUGUUGCCGUGGACCGUGUUCAGCUCUUCAGACGGCCCCGAAGUGACGACGAAUAGGCAGCAGCAGCAGCAACAGGGACCCUCGCAGGCCUUCAGACGUCUGCCGACUCCUGUGCAGACAGGAUCGAUUCCUUUCAUGCCCAGCAUGGAAGCUCCCUUCUCCUUUUCGGAGUCUGCAGCCGGUGGAAAUUCACAGCAGUUUUCCGCAUUGCCGUUGCAACAGCGGCGGCCGUCGUUUAUUUCCCAGAGCUUCUCCAAUCAGUCUCGCACAGUGAAUCAGUACACCGCGUCUUCCUUUGUGCACGCGCUCGACACGAAAGUUUCUGCCGUCACCGAUCCCCACUUUGUGGGCGCACACGACGGUUUUCCGACGUCAUUGAAUGCGUCGUCGGCCAAUCAGGCGGAAGAGGAAACUCUGAGCCGUGCCAUCUCCUACAGCAGCAACCAUGGGGAGGCUUGUGGCGAUGAACGGUCUCGGCCAUUGCGUCAAGCACACGUGCACGGGAGCGCUUCAUUCUUCUCCGCGUCGCUGUCAUCAAGGCCUUCCUCGUCACUGUCGCCAUCGACGCCCGCUCCCGAGGAGCACAUUACCGGGUACACCUCCGUCAUUCUGCCUGCGGUGCCUCCUUCCUUCAGCGGCGAAGACUACUACGAACAUGCGAUGCAUGGCCAGGUGGAGUUUGUCAAGCAGCUGUGCGACGGCACCGGUGACAACGAUGGCAACGAGCGCGGCGAGCCGGAGGAGCUGGGGAGGCCGUGCGAUAUGUCUCGCAGCUCUUCGCUGCAACGUCUGCAGCAGUCGGCUUCUCUGCACGUGAAGGCAGGCAGCCUCGACAGCUUGUCGGCAGCACCAGGCUCUCGAGUGUCCAUGGAGGCGGCGGCAUUGAGUGUGCUGGAGCAACCAGCGCCGCCACCUUUGAGCACGUUCCAAUCACUCAGCACUGCCACGACCAGCUCUGACGAGCAUCAGGCGUAUUCGUCAACCAGCGCCGCCGGUGCUGGCGCCGCGCGGGACGCCCCGGCUAGGGACAACAAAUCGAAAGGCAGCGCCCACGCGCAGCCUCAGGCGAUUUCAGGGAACUUCCCAACUCCGCUGCUGCCGUCGCAGGGGAUGGUUCUCCUCCAACAGCCGCCGCAUCAGCAUCGAGCUCCUUUUACCCCAUCUCCGUUGCCGGGGCAGACGUGGGCGAGCACUGCUGGGGCUGCGAGUGACGAAGAGGUGGCCGCUUCCAACAGGAGCCAACAGCAGCUUCAAUCAAACACUCAUUCUUCGCAGUUGAACUCGCACCAGUACUGUACCGGGGCCACAUCGGGGGCGGCGACGCUGGUAGGCCCGACUUUGUCUGGCAGCGGCGUCUACACAACUUCACCAGCGCAAUCUAUCAAUUCCUCCAAUGGCUACCAGACAGGGAGCGGCACGCCCCCGUCAGGCGGCCCAGCGCAUCUGAUCAUGCUACUGCCUGCGUCCAGCGAAAACUUGUCUACAGGUCACUCGACGCAAGCUCAGCAACACCUUUACGCCAUGCAGGUGUCGGCCCAGACUCUCGCCACCAGCGAGACAGCCUCCGCGCCUCGCUAUGCACCUGCUCACCGCAGUGGUGCCGUACCAUCCCCAUCGACGCAGAUGUCGAGCCCCACAAGGGUGGCUUCUGGUAGCGGUGCCAAUGGCGUGCCCCUGCUGUACGUAACAGCACCGACAGCUUUUGCGGGCUUCCCGCCCACGGCGGUGGGGCGUCAGGUGAACGCAUCGGCCACCUCCAGCGUCUCUGGCCACUCGUGCUCCGUCAGUAUGACGCCGGUUUCUGCACCAGAGAUAUCUUCGCCGAGCUCGCACUACGUGUACCUGCACACUUAUCCUCCAGCGAACAACUCGCCAUCGCGGCCGCUGCCCCCGCGGCAGUACUCAGGGCACUUCCCCUCACAAGUGCCUGGCGCGGGCAUGCCGAACGCGGUCGAGCAGGCCGCCUCGGCCUCCCUGCACGCCAGGACGUCAUCACCCUUGGGCACGGCAGACGCAGUGCAUCUGCCUCACGCCAUGAGCACUGAGGCCUUCUCUCCAGCCAGCAAGACGGCUGGGUUGACGUGCCCUAGCAUCCGGCCGGUAGCGCCUGCGACAAGCCCAGAUAUGCUGCGCAAGCAGGUUAAUGUCCACGGUGCCAUGAUGAACGUGCUGCCCUUUUACCCGUACAACGAGAGUGCCCCGCCUGCGCUGACGGCGCAAAUCGUGAUGAGGACCCGAUCGGCCAGCAACAGCACUCUCGCGCAGUCCUUGAGCGGGUCGGGCUGGUCGUCACGGUCCGUGAACAGCAACGGAGAGUGCAACCUGGACGGAAGCCGGCGAUCACUGGACGGUUGUAAGAGCCAGGAUGGAGCGGAGGUGUCCUCUUGGACGUUGAGAGGUGACACGCACGCGCUGGCGAACGCGCCUGUGCUGCCCAUUUUUAUUCAAAUGUUCCCGUGCGAGCUGCGUGACCGCGUCGGCCUACUGAACCGCGUGAUAGAGGCGACGUGCGGGCGUGACGCUGGUCUCGUGCAGAGCUUCGAAACCCGCUCCGAGACAUCGUUCAUCGCCCAUGUGCGGACGAACAACGUGUGGGAGUUGAUCUACAAGUUGCGGUGCCGUGUGCUGAUGGAUCGGUUUGGCUUCUGGUACGCGGGUGACAUCGAGCAGUAUGUGCGCAUGAAGGAGUACUGCGAAAGUGUUCGGCGCCUGCCGCAGCAGACGAGGCAUUUCCAGACCGAUGGGCUGCCCUGCAUGCCGCUCGUCGUGGAGCUGUCGCGCUCACUGGACCGCGGGCUGGUCCCUGAAAACACUGGACCGCGCUGCUUCGACGAGCUCGUGCCGAUCGCCGCCGUGGAUCGCCAUCGCUCCCGCCUGCAAGGGCCGUCGUCGGUGCACAAUGGCCACGCCAACGCGAGCAUGUGCGGUAAGGUCGUGGCUGCCGGCGGCGCCUCUGUAGCUGGCGGUAGCGUUUUCCUCACUAGCGUUGGCGAUAUGCGGUCGCUGCAUGGCGGGGCGCCGGUUUUUCUGACCAACGAGGGCCACGUGAUGAUGGUGUCACCGCACAUGGUGGCAGGAUUGGCGGGUGGUGGCUACAGGGCUGGCGGCGGGAUGAGUGGCAGCACUACGCAGGUGAUCCAUAUGGACCCACAGUUCCUGUCACCAUCCUUCACCAUCCAGCGAAGCCCGUAA